AUGGCCCAGAGACAGGGCAGGAGAUCAUUAGGUCUAGCUCCUCUACCUGAUCUACCGAGUAGUUCAGAUGGAGGACUGACUGAAGCACAAAAGUUUGAAGACUUUCGAAGAAGACAUAGUAAACAAAACAAAGAUAUAAUAUUAGAUAAUGUAUCACGCAGAAAUAUAAUCAAAGGGUUGCAAAAUGAUAUCGAAUCUUUAAACAUUGAAUUAUUACAAGUCAGACAAACGAAUGUCGUUCUACAAUCGAAACUCAGAACGAUUCAAAAAGAAAACAAACAUGAUAGUGGGAAAUUCAUCAAGAUAAAUAAAGGGAAUCACAAUCAAGAAGAUAUAUACAAUGUUUUAGAUGGGCUAUUAAGGUCUAUCCCUAUUAUAAAACAGCUUCACGAUUCCUUAUCACCCUCAUCAUGCUCUCCAUCGUCUUCAUCUAGUUUACUGGAACAGGGAACGAAAAAAGCUAACGCUAGUCUAAUUAAUAAUUUGGUGGAAAAUACUUACGCUACUAGGCCAGCGGAAAUGGCCAGACAGAAUCAUGGUUUAUGCGCUCUGACAGAAACUAGUGAAGCUGGAAGUGAAAGUGAGAUUGCCGACGACCUGAAGAGAUAUAAAAGGAAAUUAAAAGCUCGUCAUACAGGUGUAGGCUCAUUAGCAACUUCAAGAGCACCGAGGACAACGUCAACAUCCACAUUCACAUCCGCAUCCACAAGUCCAAAAGUAUCGUAUAUCGAAAUCAAUUCUCCAAAUAUAUCAAGACAAUCAUCAUUAUCACCUAGUUCCCAAAAACAACAUUCCAACUCUGCAACGAAGAAACAACGUAAACGACGUGAAAGCGGUUUGAUCAUCCCUACACCUAGAUCACCAUCUCCACUACUGGAAAAUGAAGACAUAGGCGAGAAUUCAGAAUGGGAAGAAGGUAAAGCUAUUGAAAUACAGAAUCAACCUUAUGAGUCUGGAUCUGGAUCUGGAUCUGGAUCUGAGGAUAUAUCAAUGCCUCAGGAUAACCUAAUAAUAUCGACGGGAAGAGAAGUUGAUUUGAUGGAUACUAUCAAAGAAGCUAGUAGUUCAGAGAAUGGCUCAGGUCCAUCGCGUCACCAAGACUCAUCCAUGUCUCCUCCUCCUCAAGAGCUGAAUGAUGAAGAAGGGGAAGAUAUAGGUAGAGGCAGAAGAUCGAGAGCAAGGAUAAGUGUAAAUUACAAGGAACCAAGCUUAAGCAAGAAAAUGAGGAAACCAGAUGGUAUUUCAGCAGAAGAAGCUUUGGCUUUAGGAAUUAAUCUUAAACCAAUUUCGAAUUCGCGUAAAUCAAUAGCACCUACAUCUUCGAAUUCAAUCUUAGAUGGUUCAUCUUCAAGACCUCCUACACCUAGAACAGGUGAUAAAUCCAAAUCGGAUUCACCACCACCUCCUCUUCCAUUACCUCAACUCGAUCUGAAGAAUAUAAACGCGCUAGCAAAAAUCACAUUGCCUAGGCAGAAUGCAUUACGCAGGAAAUCGACUUUACCUAAACCGGGCAUUGCAAACAAGAGAUAUCAACAGGAUGACCGAUAUGAAGAUGAGGAUGAAGAUGAAAGUGAUGUUGAUAAUUUGAUUGGAUCAGAAUAUGAAGAUCAACAACAGGAAUUAAUGGACAAUGUUGAACGAAAAACGAAGGAAUUGUUAUUGAAUAGUCCCCUCAAAGAGAAAAAAGACAAACUUAAAGAAACAGGAAUAGGGAGAUCACACGAACCACUAUCAGUUCAAACGGUACCAACUAUAAUUGCCGCUGCGACUGCGACUGCGACCGCGAAUGAUAAACCUCACAUAACGACCACCAAAUCAUCUUUCCGCCCUUCGACCAAAACAGCUUCGUUGGGUAUAGGUAGACCAAUAAUGCCUUCUUCAAAUAAUAGGAUACCAGGUAAUGGAGUAACAACAAGGAAUUUCACUCCUACCGGAAGAGUUACGUCGUCCAGGAAAGUGGAAGAAAAAGAAAUCCUAGUGGAGAAAGACGGUAUUAAUAUUCCUGCACAGACACAGAAAAAGGUUUUGGGUGGAUCAGAGAAGAGAGUUGUCUCGGGAUCCACUAGAAGACGAAUGAGUUCAGCUGUAUAG